AUGGCCCUGCGCGAGGCGCCCUCCGACUUCGACGUGCUGUACUUGGGCUGGGCAGGUUGGCGGGGCGGCAACUUCUACGAGCUCGAGAAGGUGGACUCUGGCAAGGCCAUCCGCCAAGCACAGUACGUCUACACGACAGUGGCCUAUGUGAUCUCUCCGAAAGCUGCCAGGCGGCUCCUCUCCAUUGCCACGCCGAUUGACCAGCCUGUGGAUAACUUCAUGGCCUGGGAGGCCAGCCAAGGCAACCUGAAGUCUUUUGUGAUCCUGGACGAGGGCGACAGUGACGACCUGUGGGCAGGCGGCAUCGUCGACCAGUUCGACUUCGUGGGAGACUCGGACGUCAAGAAGUCGGACGGCGCCAGGGCAGUGGUCUUCACCCCCGAGAAGCCGGGAGAGCUGGCGGUCACGCCGGAGAAGCUGGCAGCGGAUCCCAAGAUGUCUCCGCCGAAGGUGAACGUCCCAGCCAAGGGAGGUGCCCCGGCUGGCACCUCGGCGGAGGGGAGUGGCCCCGCGUCGUUGUUGGGCAAGCUCUCCGAGACGGGCAGCUUCCUGAGGAAGAUCUUCCAGGCCCACGUGGGCUAG